AUGUUCUACGCCCCUGCACAGGAUGUCCAGCGGCCCACCCAUCCACGCCUCCACGUCCGCGACGCGCGAGACGCACACAUCGUUUUCGAGGCCGUGCGCAAAGGAUUGCUCAAGCCGGUCUUCCGGCGGUUAAACGAGUUGGAGAGGUCCAACUACAUCCAGUCCGGCUCGCUCUUCGUUUGGGAGGAGAGCGAUGACGAGAUGGGCCUAAAACGAUGGACAGACGGCCGCGUCUGGAGCCAGUCUCGAAUGCGCGAGCCCUACCUGUUCUACGACGAGAAGCUCGCGACCGACGAGCCACCUUCCGAGCCAAAAACGAAGUGCACAUACCGCUUCGUCGAGGGCCCGUCGCGGACGUGGACGUCCUCCGCACAGUCGCACUACGAGCGCAGCGACCACCACCCCUUGGGGCUCGUCAAACAAGCGUACUCGGCGUUUGUCUUCACGUCUGUCAACGCGAAGCCGCGCAAGUGGCACCUCACCGCGUACUUCACCUACGCGGAUCUCCCCAGUAUACCCACCGUCGACCAGGACCCGCUCCUCCGCACCGUCGCGGUCCCACCGGGCGUGUACAAGAGCGGGAAGGCGCGCUCGCGGAACUCGGACGCGUCGACGUCCGGGAUCCCCUCGCCGCCGUCGACGCCAUCACCAGGAAGCUCGGGGUCGCGCCCGUCUUCGCCGAUGCAGACCUCCCCACGAGCGAAAAAGGAUGGAGUCGUGCUCCCGUCCCUCCAAUCCGCGAUCGCGCAUACCCCGAUGGGCUUCGCAAACUCACAUCACCUCACACGGCCGCGGAUGGCGGAGGACCAGCGGAUGAUACAGAUGUUGAACUCGCGUCCAAUCCUGUAG